GGCCCGCUCAGUCUAAUUUGAACCGUCGCGCGCGCCCGACGCGGGGCCAACGACGAUCCCUUCUCCGCCGAGACGUGACACGAGGUCCUCGUGCACGCGACGACGCUGACGUCGAGCCGUCGCAGAAAAGAAAAGUCUACCGUCGGCAACCAUCGCUUCGCGAUAAUUCACUUAGAUCGCCGUCGUCGAUCCGUCGUCGUGCGCGUUUCGACUUUCUCCUCCUACUCCUUCUCCCCUUUCCAUCCCGUUCCCCUUUUUCUUCGCGAUCGCGAUCGACCCGACACUGCGAUCGAUUCCACGUAUUUCGUAAAGUGUCCCAUCUAUUCUUCUUUACCAUCUUUCCUUUUUUUUUUUCUUCCUUUCGCGUUCACCCGCGCGCGGAGACACGCAGAGAACGAGAUCUAGCGAGCAAGAGAGAGAGAGAGAGAGAGAGAGAGAGAGAGAGACAGAGAGAGAGAGAGAGACAGAGGGAAAGACAGAGACAUUUAGCCGUGGUGCGCGCGCGCGCGCGCGUGCGAUCACGGAUAGAUAGAGGGUGGGCCGCGCGGCGGAUCGCGCGACUUUCGAAGGACGAAAUAGCGAGAUGCGUCGCGAUGAUUCCGCGUCCUGAGCGGACACCCUCGACGCGAUUACUGACCAACACGAUCGUACUCAUCUCGCCCGAUCGGGACUGUCGUCUCUACCCGAGCCGAGAUCGUCUUCUCUCUCUCUCUCUCUUCUUUUAUCGUGCGCGCGAACUCGCGCGACGAUGAAGAGGACGAUACUAAACGCGACGAUUGCGAGGGUGACGAUGAUAAUGACGACGGCGACGACAAAGACGACUACGACGAAGACGACGACGACGACGACGACGACGACGAAGAUGAGACUACCGCUAAUCUCUUCGGUGGACGCGUCGACGUCUUGUUAUUGCUUCUAUCGGUGGUACAACGCGUCGUGAACGAUCGUACGAGACGUUUCCGAUACUUUCGAAGAAAAGAGAUUUUAACGGAGAGAAAGAGAGAGAAAGAGAGAGGGAGAGAGAGAGAGAGAGAGAGAGAGAGAAAGAACAGAGAGAGGAAGACGGAGGGUAACGCGACGGGGUGGUUCCUCUCUCUCUUCGGGGUGACCGAGGCUUAGAACACCUCACCACCCCCGAGAAGAUCGUCAAGCAGCUCGGACGAUGUGGGCGUCUCUGCUUUUGGCCGGAUUCUUAAGCGGCUGGUGGGGCGCGUUCGCGUUAGCUGCGGCACCCCCCGCCAAUCGGAACACCCUCGAGGAAAGCGCGAAGCAUCGCGAAGCUUCAAGGACGACAGCCCUCGACACGGCGCUACAGCCCAUUUUGCAUCCCCAAACGAAUUCGCGAAUCGACGUGAGUCCGUUGACGCGACGACCAAGACACUCGUCCUCGCAAGAAGCGUCUCCUCGAGAGAUUUCCUCGAAAGCCGCCGCAGAAGCCGCCACAGCCUAUUAUCCCUAUCGUGAGGAAGUACCGACCGCCAACGACGGCCGGUUCUCGCGGUCGACCAAGCAACGUGGAAAGAAUCGCGGAAGGGCGGACUCUCCGCGCGAGCAAAGACGCGGAUGCAAGAUCAAGGGUACCUGUCGAGGUCAAAAUUGGUGUCCCGAUAUGGACGUCGGUAAUAGAGCCUAUUUGGCACCCACGGUCUUCGAGGGAAAGGCCAGAAGCAUGUCCUCGGUUAGAAAGCCUGGAUCAAACUAUGCCGUAACCUUCGAGGUAAAGCACGUUUAUAAGAGUCAACCAGGCUUUCCACCGCUACAGAAAAACGACAGCGUCAGGCUACACUUUCGCGACAAGUCCGCGCCCGGUAAAUCGACCGUAUGCGGAUACGAGGGCUACGACAACAAUGCCGCCGGCAAACAGCAACAACGAGGAGGUGGAGGAGGUGGAGGUGGAGGAGGAGGAGCAGGAGGAGAUCAGAGUGGUGUGGUGCGCGCCAAUAUUAAGCGGGGUAAAGUGUAUCUAGUGUUUGUGAAUCGGGUUGGACCCAGAAACUUCACGAUCCUCGGUGAGCCGGUGAUUCGCAGCAAGAAGAACGAACAGGCGGUCCAGGCCGUCGUUCGACCGGACUACGUGCGAGAAGUUACGUUGUCCGAACUCAGGGACUCAAUAGCGAGGUUACGAGACAGAGUAAAGCUAGUAUGCAGAACGAGGGGAUCGCCGCCCCCAAGAGUGCAUUGGCUCAAAGACGGCAUACCACUACACCCAAGAAGAGGACUCAAAAUCCAACACAAAAGGCGGAGAUCGAAAAUCGUGAUAUCCUCCGCGAAGCCCGAAGACAGCGGCAGAUACGAGUGCAUUGCCGAGAGUACUUCAGGUCACCGGGCCUCCCUUGCGGCCCAACUUCUAGUCGCACACGAUACCAGAAUUCCGGAGACAACGACAGCGGCAUGGCCGAGGCAGGAGCAGCCCUGUCCAAUAGCAGGAGACUUUUGCAUGAACGGUGGUACCUGCCUAUUUUUUGAGACUGUCGGUGAACCAGCAUGCAGAUGCGCGGAAGGCUUCACGGGUCUACGGUGCGAGACGAAGGACGUCAUCAGCACCGGAAGUGUGUACAAUCGUCGUAGGGCGCCCUUUUCCUGCAAACUGGGACUCUCGACCUCGUACUACUGCUAGCGAUAAUCGCGCGGGGCCCUUCGAAUGAGUAGACCCUUUUCGACCCAUACGAAGCACGCUCGGUCUAGUCGGUCGUCGGACAAAACACGAAAGUCCGCGAAAAAAAAGAGUCGUGAGAGGGCCAACGCGCGACCAAAGAGAAUGACGGAUCAGGGAAACGAAGAUAAAGAGAAAAAGGGAGAUAGAGAUAGAGAGAUAGAUAGAUAGAGAGGGAAAGAGAGAGAGAGAGAGAGAGAGAGAGAGAGAGAGACAGGGGAUCAGUUUAAAAAAAUAUACGUUGCUAUACGAAAAUAUGAGCGAACGACCCUACGAUACGAUGAAAUCUAAAAGUGGGGAGGGCUAAAAGAGGGAGAAAAAGGGAGAGAGAGAGAGAGAGAGAGAGAGAGAGAGAGAGAGAGAGAGAGAGAAAGGGAGAGAAUGAAAGAGAGAAAGAGAGAGAGAGAGAGAAUCACGUAGAUUAAACACGAAUUUAGGUAGCAUUUGAUCUCGGAUAGUCCAUCGAAAAAAGAAAAAAAUAAAUAAAUAAAUAAAACACUUUUUACGAGGACACGAUUUCCCAAAACUAACUAAAUAUGCUUACCAUCAUUCGUAUUUUCUUUUUCUACUUCUUCUUCAUCUUCUUCUUCUUCUUCUUCUUCUUAACUAUACUUCUCUUAAACUACUUUUGUGACUUUUCUUUUCUAGAAAAAUCUCGCGUCACGAAACGAGCCUCGCGCUUCCGUAGAAAUUUUAUUUGGGAAACAGAGAGAAAGAAAGAAAGAAAGAAAGAGAGAGAGAGAGAGAGAGAGAGAGAGAGAGAGAGAGAGAGAGAGAGAACGUAUAUGCAUAUAUAUGCAUACGUGUGUCUGCUGAGUGUGUGUAUGUGUGCGAGAAUGUGUAUGCGUUUGUAUGUAUGCGUGUUAAGUAAUAUGUAUAUCCCGUGCGAGAGAAAAAAAAGAAAAAAGAAAAGAAAGAAAAAAAGAAAAAUAAAAAGAAAGAAGGCGAAGACGUAGCGGGUCUUCGACGCUCCUGACCCUUCCUCGAGUUCCAAGCUCGACGGACGAAAGGGUUGAAACAUAAUGCGACUUUCGUAAUCUAUAAGUGUCACUCGUUCUCAAAAACCCUCGCGAGUCGCCCGUAAAGAAAAAGGAAGAGAAAGAGGGAGAGAGAGAGACAGAGAGAUGGAAAAGGGUGGAAGGGAGAAGAGAGAAGAGAAAAAAAAAGAAAAAUAUAAGAAAGAAAAAAAUGAAAGAGAGGACGAAGUAAAAAAGAAAAAAAAAGAGAAAGAAAGAAAGGGCGCUCGAAGGCCGCGCUUCUCAAAGUCUCCACGGAGAACAAUACCAAAGAGCUCAAGGGUCUCGAUCAAGGACGUCGCGAGUGCGGAUAAAUUGCUCCGAAUCUAAAUCGAUAUAGGAAGAGUUCCUCCCUCGAAAAAGACGGCCUAGUUCAACGUUAGAAAAAAAAAGAGAAAUAGGAAAAGAGAGAGAGAGAGAGAGAAAGAGAGAAUGAAAGAGAGGGAGAGAAAGAGAGAGAGAGAGAGAGAGAGAGAGAGAGAGAGAGAGAGAGAGAGAGAGAGAGAGAGAGAGAAAAAGAGUGAAAGAAAGAGAGAGAAAGAGAAAAAAAAGAGAGAGAGGUAAAACUGAUAGAAAAGAGAAGAAAAGAAAAUCCUUUCGUACCUUCCCGAUCUGCGGUUACUUUUUUAGAAUCCUCUUUGUCCUCUUGUCCCCGUUGUCCUCUCCAGUUUAUUCUUCGUCGUUAUAUCGGUAAGACGAGAAAAAAUUUUUGCGAAAAAAAAAAGAAAUAAAAAAUGUAAAGGACGCUGAAAAAUAAUAGAAGAAGCGUCGUCGAAUACGCGAAAAUUGAAAUUGGAGUCGGUACGACGGGAACGACAGCGACGAGGAGAGAAUUCAUUCUCGUACAAUGGUAUACGCCGAAGAAAUGAAAUCUUUGUCGAAUGGGCGAUGGUAACAUUCAUCGUGCCUUUAAUAUACUGAUAUUUUCGCGUGCGGUUAAGUCUGACGUUAUACAAAAAUUCAAUUUCAAAUCUCUUAGCACGGUGACGGUCGGUACGUCUUUCCAAGCUAUCCAUUCUCUUUUCGAAGAAAAAAAAAAAAAAAAAGAAACAAAAACAAAACCGUCGAGAUGAGACAGGAUUGUCCUGAGACGAAAAAGGUGAAUAGGGGGAGGAUGAUCUAUAUUCAAAAAGAAUCGGGAAAAAAAAAGAAAUAAAAAAUAUAAACGGAAGAAAAAUAGAAAGAAAGAAAGAAAGAAAAGGAAAAAGAAAUGGACGAACGAGAGACACAGACGUUUUGAAAAUUUUGCCUCGAGAAGAUCGUCGUCGUACUUGCGAAUCUUUUUCAAGUAAACUAAUAUACAUCGGACUCGCUCGUCAAAAUUUCUCAACAAAUCCCUCCGUACCCUAUUACCUUAAAUUUCUAACGGCGCAUCAUCGAUCUUCUCGUAAAAUUCCUACGUCGCGUCUUCCUUAACCUGUUAACGCCACGUUUAACGAGUAUACUCGUCAUGAAGGGAUAACAAUUUUUUAUGUUAUGACGCGUAUAUACAAAAAAAAAUUGCCAACUCUUUACGACGAGUAUUUAUUAUCUCGUUGUUUUGUUGUUUCGAUAUAUAUAUAUAUAUAUAUAUAUAUAUAUAUAUAUAUAUUUGAAAUAUCGUAAAUUUACGAAUAAUUCGUGAAAUUUUAACUCGAGCAUCAAAAUGAAUAAUUUCUCUUUUCGUGUGACGAGUAUACCCGUCAUUCAACCUCGCAAAAAAAACAGGAAAAAAUUACCAUUUCCUCGUGACGUGUAUAUUCGUCAAAUACAAUUUGAUAGAUUGAAUUUAGUUAAUAAUAUCAAUGAAUUUGACCAAUAAUAUUAUUGAUUUUUCCUAAAAAUCAACUGCCAUUUCGUUUUUGGAGAAGUUUCAUAUGCUCCAUGUUUGAUGAGUACAUUCAUCGUCUCUUAAUUUUUGGUACACAACGUAGAUAUACAUUUUUAAAACAGAUCUACACAGUUAACAGGUUAAGUGUCAAGGGAGGAAACGAAGCGAAUAGGGUAGAGAAAAAGAGAGAAAGAGAGAGAGAGAGAGAGAGAGAGAGAGAGAAUGAGAGAGAGAGAGAGAGAAUGAGAGUGAGAGAGAGAGAGAAAAAGAGAGAGAAAUUAAAAGAGAGAGAGAGAGAGAGAGAAAAAGAAAGAGAGAAAGACGGCGCGCUGUACUCCAGCAGUCUCGGGACCCUAUUUAUGUUUUAUAUAUUAUAUUAUAUAUAUUAUAUAUAUAAAUAUGUGUAUAAACAUUUUUAAUUUAUUUAUUUAAUUCAUUAAUUUUAUUGAUUUACUAUUAAACGUCAUCUCCACCUCGGCAAACGCCUUUGUUCUUCAUAUCUUACGUUCUCCUUCAUAGCAUUUACGUUCUUUUUAUUCUAUUUUCGAUUUUGUUUCAUUCUUCUUGCUCGUUUCUACGAGUGUACGGAAAGAAAAAAAAAAAGAAAAGAAAAAAGAAAAAGGUAGGUACAAUUUUUGUUUUGAUUAUUAUUAUUAGUAUUGUUAUUUCCUUUCUUUUUCCUUUCAUUUUCCUUUCAUUUCAUAAUAAUUUUCUUAAUCGUUAAUUAUCAUUUUAUCGAAAAAUUUGCCUCCCGAAUUAUAUAUUAUAUAUCAUAUAAUAUCGAAUAUCCCACAAUUAACAAACUAAAGUAAAUUAACAUGCGCUUUUCAACGAAUGUAAAGAUAAACAAAAUACGUAUCGCUAUUGGGCUGAUUACGAAGGUUUUACUAUACGUACUUCGUUAUUUAAUGAUAAACAAAUUUUUAAAAGAAACCAUCUACUUUACUUUGUGCGACAGAAGGUGGGAUAGAUCGAAGAGAAAAAUUUAUAAAGAAAGUAAAAAUAUCUAUACUUUCAUACAUACAUAUAUAUAUAUAUAUAUGCAUAUGAAAUGUAUAUAAAUAUGUAUACAUAAAAAUAUACAUAUACUGCGGUGACGAGGUAAGAUGCAAAGCAAACGUCUACUUCGUCGAUGGGCAUAUAUCUAUAUACGAUGGAAGAAGAAAAAUUUCUCGAACGAUAUCAGGAAACGCUCUCCCGACAUAUCAAUUUUCGCAUUUUAGAGGAUGACGACCAAAAGCGACGGUAACGUCAAAGAAACGCAAUACGUGUGCGUUUCCCGUGCCUACGAGAAGAAACCGAGCGACGUUGUCUCUCGACAGUAUCUUAUUGCAUUCCGCGCGUGUCGUUUUAAAACACACAAGCUCACCACUUACAUCCUAAAGGGAAUAGCUUUCUCCAUGCUCGAAGAUAUUUUUCACUACCGUUUUAAACAAAAAAAAAAAAGAAGAAAGAAAAAAUAAAAAAAAAACUAACGAAGAAAAGAAAAGGAAGGGAAAAAGAAAAGGAACACGAGGAAAGAGUCGAGGUAUGAGAAGAUCAUAACUUUUAUGUAAACUCAACGAAAAACGUAUAUUUCUAUAUUGUCAAAGAGUUUUUAUAAGUACGAGUACGAGAGAAAGGAGAAAGAAAGCGAGCUAGAGAAGAAAUAAAGGAAAGAGAAACGUGAAAAUAGAUGAGAAUAGGAUAGAAAAAAUGAGAGAAGAGUAAGGGAACCAAAAACCGAAAAAGCAUAGAAAAGGGGAAUUCGCGAAAAGCACCCUUGAAUUUCUCGCUCGGCAAACGCGUACUCUGGGAUGUUCCUCGUAAAAAGCUCUCCUCGGUACCUACUCCAUAAACCUCGAAGCACCGGUACAUUCAUUCUAGUAACCGCUUCUCUUAAUCGAACUCCCUACCGCCUCUGGCGGAGUAGCUUUUCUCGAGAUUGCGGCUCGCCUGGAAAACUUUCUCGAGAAAGUCCACGAGAAAUUCGAAUUCGAUUCGAAAAUGCGCGCUUUUACCUUACGAUCUUUCCUUAGGACACGCGGAAAGUUUAUUUGAAAUCUUUUGUAUCUGACAAACAUUUCCUUUCUAUUCAAAGAGAGAGAGAGAGAGAGAGAGAGAAUGACAAAGUCCCAUCGAAAAGGAGAUGCAACGUCGUACUUCUUCGAUAUCAUGACAAAAACUACCUACUUCCCAUUAAUCGUCUCGGUAAUUAUCGAAAAGAGAUCAAUCACUCGUACAUUUUUCAUGAUCGCGAAUUAAAAAAAAAAGAAAAUGGAAAAAGAGAGGAAAAAAAGAAAAUAACGAAUGGAUAAUCCCAGAGAGAUCGAAGCUAUAAGUACGUUAAGAUCUUGCUUAGGAAGGAAGGAAGGAAGGAAGGAAGGAAGGAAGGAAGAAGAUGAAGAAGAGGAAGGAGGAGGAAGCGGAAAAGGAGAAGGAGACGGAGGAAGAAACGUACAUGAGGGCAUCGUUAGCUUUUACGGUAGACGGUACGAUCGAAUCGCAAUUACCCGCGUCAUCCUAUUCUAAGAUUUUCACGAUCGAUUAUAAAAUUUUAUUACCGAUAAAACGAUCGAAUCGCUGCUAUCGAAAUUCUUUAUCGUAUAUAUUAUCAACGAUUAAAUAUUAUUCUCCAACAUCCAAUACUUCUUCCUUCCUUCCUUCCUUCCUUCCUUCCUUCCUUCCUUCUUCCUUCCCUUCUUCCUUCCGUCGCGUAGAAUCAAGAAUACGUGUUACCUUAAUCCAUCUAAUAUUAUUAUUAUCACGGAAUACCGUGGUCACCGAUCGUCAUCCCUUAGCAAUGGAAUACGUGACUUUGAAUUCAAACGUCCAGCGAUCACAGCGAAAUUCUGACGUCUCUACGUGAGCCGGCAUUUCCUCUAACGCCGUACCUACUACUAUUAUAGUAUACUAUAGUAUACUUGCUAUAAUCUGGAUUAUUAACAGGAGAGACAAAGCGAAGCAACAGGAUCUAUCGCAUUUCGUCGAGAGCAAUAUACAAUAACAAAAAUACACAAUUUUAAUAUUACUAUCAGUGAGAAUUACGAAAAAACAUUUUACGUAAUAAUAAUGAUAAAGCACGAGAUACAAUUAACCCGUAUUGUAUCGAAUUUCGAUUGGAACUACCGAUUUUUAUCGAUGAACGAAGUCUUCUUCUGGUAUUUCAAUCGGACUCGACCGGAUCAAUCGAUCGAUCGAUCAAAUCAUCCCGGAAUGAGAAAUAAACGAUCAAAUCCAGGACUUAUCGGAAUAAAAGGAAUAAAAAGAGUAACUAUUACCCUGUAUCUCUGAUAUAUGUGUAUGCGUGCGUGCAUGCAUAUACAUACGUGUAUGUGUGUGCCUACGCGCGCGAGUCUAUGUGUGUAAAAAAAAAAAAAAGAGAGGAAGAUCGAAUAAUCGGGAAUACAAAAGCCAAACCCAGAAGUUACAUCGUCGCGCAUACGCGUUUUGUUUCGCUCGUUACGUAAACCGAAAUCACGGAACGGUAACGACGAGUACGACUGCAUAAAUACGAGAAUCGUUUCACAAGAGAGAGAAAGAGAUAGAGAUAGAGAAACAGAUAGAUAGAAAGAGAGAGAGAGAGAGAGAGAGAGAGAGAGAGAGAGAGAGAGAGAAAGAGGGAUGUCGACUAAUCAAUUGCGUUCGAAUCACAGAGAAUUUUCAAUGCGCUCAAACUCGAACGUGUCUCUUCGCCCCGUUGUAAUAGUAAACGCGGGAUAGAAACGAUAGAGAAAGCUAUGAUCGAGAAAGUAUUGUCCCGAGAAAAUCGGUAAAAGAGAAUCGAUCGUUUCAACCAUGGCUGUUGUUCCGUUCUAUUCUGUUCUAUUCACCUAGCCUACCUAUCUGCCCUCUUUCUCUCUCCCUGCUCUUUCUCCUUCUCCUCCUCUCCUCUUCAACCCCGUUCAACCACUCCCUCCCAUCUCCUUUCGUGGUUUACCCUCCCGUGUGCAUAAUCGAAAUUUAACGUUAUCCGAUGGGCUCACGAAUCGUCGAUUAAGAGCCACACGUUAAACGCUUCGACGGCACUCGAACUAAACGAGCAUAUCGUGGGUUUAAACGUUGUGAAUAGAGAAGAGAGGAGAAAGAAAGAAAGAGAGAGAGAGAGAGAGUAAGGAGAGAAAGAGAAGAGAAGAAAAAGAGGAGGGGGGAAUGAUAGAAGCGAGAGAGUAAUACGGCUAGAAUAAUUUUCUCUUUCGCAUGUUGCUCACGCCCGACGAUGCUUGAUCGAGAGUGCCGUCGAUAACUCGAACAAAUAAGAUAAUUGGCUGUUUUUCACGCGAAAUGAAAGCUGUCCUUUGGAUAAAAUAGCUAGAUCCAUUUUUCUUUUUAUCCAUCAUUCUUUCUACUACUAUCUUCCGCAGUUUUUCCAAACUCUCUUUAUAUCUCUCUCUUUCUGUCUCUCUCUUUCUCUCUUUUUCUCUCUCUGUCUAUUUAUCUAUCUAUCUAUCUAUCUAUCUAUCUAUCUAUUUAUCUCUUUCUCUCUCGAUAUCGUUUCCACGCGAGAUUUUACUCUUGCCGAUGAAAAAAUAAAGUCCACUGGUAAGGGUUUACGAAUGCUACCGAUUGUAACCGAUUAUUUCGAAUCGACACUACGGAUCAAUUUCCCACGAUAAUAUUUCCUCUUUCUUUCUAUCUCUCUCUUUCACUUGCUCUCCUUGAGUUCUAAAGAGAAAAACGAUCGAUAGGAUUUUUAUGACUCGUAUCAUGCGUACCCAAUGAAAAAAAAAUCGAUCAACGAUCGGUCAACUAAACCGAACGUACAUACAUCGUUCGCAUCGAUAAACGAAAAAGGAAACUCUGAAUAAAUUAAUCUCUUAAAAUAACAUCCGUCCUACCCGGCAGAUCCCAAUGUAUUUUUUAUUUUUCGAAAAUAAUCGAUGAAUUAAAAAUAUAUGUGGGAAAAAUCUUUACUGUGAGAUUGUAUACGAUAAUGAAUAAAAUCUUUCGCGAUUCUAUCAUU